AUGGAAAAAGCGACCUUCGAGAGAUUCAAAAAUACAUCAUCGAACUUCUUUCCUGCCGAUUCAAAUACAUUUAUCGCGUCUUUAGAAAAUGAAGCGAUAUCUGGAGGAGCAGUUACUGAGCGACGAUCUUGCGCAGAAAAAUCAUGCCGGGUUGUGACUCAAAGUUUUGACGAGUACUUUGGAUCGCUAGCGGAUGUCAGAUGGCUCAAAUUUGUUCAAAAUGGGAUCGGUGCUAGUUUUCGGUCGCUGAUAGUCGUCCGAGAUCCCCGAGUCCUCCUUCUUCAAAAAUACAAAGACCAGAAAAACGACAUCAUGGAAUACGCCGACGAAAUCGUCAAGUACUGCGAUUCAAUGGUCGACAACUGGUCGCGACUCUACGAUCUGACGCAGGAAAGCUUCUCAAAAAGCAUCAAAAUCAUCAAAUACGAAGAUCUUCAGAUGAAUUAUCAAAAUGAAAUCAAGGACGCGCUUUUGUUUUUGAAACUCGACAGCGCUAAAUUUGACCCUUUUCCGAUUUUUGAAGACUCGCUGAGUUUGACCUUGAGAAGGAAUAUUUACAAAGCCUUCAACGCCGUUCAAAACGACUGCGGCAAAUUCAUGAAAAUGUUUCAUUACAAUCAGCUCCUUUUCGAAGAUUUCCUCAACUCUCUCGAGUAUUUGUCGAUAACUGUAACUCAUGAUUAA